AUGUCGAGCGAUGAUCAAGCGCGGGCCAAUAGGCUGAAACGUCGUUGCGAAAUCAGACGCAUGAAUUGUGUGAACAAGAUACGCGCAGUUUAUGAUUUGGCUGUCCGUAGUGCCGCAGAUUCGACCGUUGUGCCUCAGCUAUUGGUUUUAGUAGAUACACUUGAUCAGUUGAUGUUGUCAUUCAAUACCGAAGACGAAGCAUUAUUAAAUCAAUUAAUUGAUAUGGAACUAGAUGCUGAGUAUCCCGACAGGGAGUGUGUCGAAAUGCUCGAAAUGGUUUCAUUCGCGCAAGCGACCGCGAAUCGGUUAAUGCAGUAUUGUGCACCUCAAACAAUCUUGUCUGUACACGGCGGUUCACAGGUGUCCUUGAAUAAUGUCGACGUGAAUGAGCCCCAAACGAACGUGCAUGCGUCUAAUGGCGCCGGGGCCGGUGAUGGUAGUCCAGGGGGUGUCCAAUCAAAUAAUGCGGGUUCUCUAAGGUCUAACAGCGUCCAGGUCAUCAAGCCUACCCGUUUACCGGAAAUUCCGUUGCCCACAUUUUACGGCGACAUUUAUAAGUGGAUUUCAUUUCGAGAUCGGUUUGCGGCCAUGGUGGAUCGACGAUCAACGUUAUCCGACAUUGAGAAGUUUUAUUACCUGGUGGGAUGCUGUAAAGGGGACGCGUUAGACGCCAUUCGGGGCAUACCUGUGGCUGACCACAAUUAUAAGCUGGCGUGGUCCACGCUUAAGGAGAGAUUUGAUAAACCGCGUCUGGUAGCAUGUUCAUUAAUUGAAAGAUUGUUAAGCGCACCGCGAGCCUCUUCUGAAACUUUAGCUGAACUAAACAAAUUAUUGGUAAUUUUCGAUGAAGGUGUGUCAGUGCUCAAAUCUAUGGAAAUCCCCAACCUAGGUGAUUUCAUAUUGUUUUCCAUAGCGUCACGUUGUUUGCCCACCUCCAGUAUCAAGCUAUUUGAAGCUCAAUUAGCCAAUGGGUUUCCCACAGUACAAGAUUUGUUAAAAUUUGUAAAGUCGCGCGUGGCCAUAUUGGAGUGCAUCCCGCGAGAGCCUACAUCGAAGCAAAUUAAUGAGUUAAAAAACCAUAAGGGUGCGUCAUAUAGUGUGAAGAAGCCGCCGAUUCAUUCUUCCAUGGUUGCAAGUAGCAACCCAUCACAGGCGUCCCAGUCGUGUAUAUGUUGCAAGGGUACUCAUGUCCUGGCUUCAUGUCCCAAGUUCAAGAGUUGGACACUUGAAACACGUAGCAAUUGGGCACGGGACCAACGUAUAUGUUUCCGAUGUCUACGUACAGGACACUGGGUGUCCCGGUGCAAAUCUUCAAUUGUAUGCGGUCAAUGCUCUCGACGCCAUCACUCACUGUUACAUCCUGCUUCCUCUUCCGGGCGUCCCAGAGAAGAGAACACUUCAAAUGCAGAGCAAAUGGACUUACCCACCACAUCGUCACUUCUUAGUCAGAAUACGUCGCCAUCAGUCAUUCUUGGGACAGCCCUCAUACACAUGCCUGACAGUACUGGCGUAUUGCAUACGGUAAGAGCGUUAAUUGACUCAGCAUCACAGAUCAGCGCUAUUACUGCUGAAUGCUCGAAUCGUUUGGGACUUCGGAUAAAGAAGUGGACGGUACCUGUGUCUGGUAUUGGUGGUGUCUCCGUACCAAACGUCUUGGGGAUUGUCCAAUGUAGAGCACAACCAAGGUUUUCUCCAGACCCUGUCUUUAACUUCGAGGCGUGGGUGUUCUCGACCAUAACCACUGAUAUGCCGCGACACCCGUUGACAAAGUCACUGGUUGACAAAUACAAGCACCUAGCGUUGGCGGAUCCGUCGUUUGCCAUACCAGGUAGCAUUGACGUACUUCUAGGAGCGGACCUUUUUUCCGAAAUCUUAAAUGGCAAACGCGUGUCGGUAGGCAGUUCAUAUCCAGCAGCCUUUGGUACCGUUUUUGGAUGGACAAUUAUUGGAGCUGCCCCACACACAAUUUCCCACUGGCCGGUUUCAUGCCCUACGUCGCUUACUGUGUCAUGUGAAACCCUGUUACAUAAGUUUUGGGAAAUCGAAGAACCAGACACGGCCCCGGAGGAGUUCACUACAACGGGUCAAUGUGAGUCGAUGUUUCAAAGGGGAUGUGUACGAGUAAAUUCUGGAAGAUAUAGUGUCCCUCUUCUUUUUCGCCAACCCACCCCUCAGGUCAAUUUUACCGGUUCAAGAGCGGUAGCUACAAAACGGUUUGGACAGUUAGAGAAAAAAACUCAUGUCGGAUCAGCGCCUCCGUAG